AUGAAGACUGGAGGUCCAAUCUCUAGCCUGCUUCUGGUAGUAGCUCUUCUGCUAUCACCAGGAUCAGCUGCUUCCAAGAAGUCAAACAGCAAAACCGCCAUCGCAGACACCGUCUUUCACAAUGGCUCAAUUUAUUCCCUUGAUCUUCUUUCAACAAAGUACACUGCCCUCGCCGUCAAAGAUGGAUAUAUCACCUUCCUAGGCAAUGAAGAAAGCAUCCAGUCAUAUAUCGCAAAGAACACUUCGGUCUUCAAUCUUGAAGGUCGUAUGAUGAUGCCCGGCCUAGUGGAUGCUCAUAUGCAUCCCCUUAGUGGUGGAGCUAAUCUACUGAAGUGUAACAUGAACUUUCAACCAUUGGGUCUUAAUAAAGUCCUGGAGAAGAUUCAGAGCUGCCUUGAUGACGAUAAGGAUAAGGGUGAUAAAGAUUGGCUUGAGGUCAUUUCUCUUGACUACUAUGCCUUGGUUGACGAUACUGGUGGCGUCACGAAGAAGGACCUUGAUAAGCUGAAGACAAAGAGACCUAUUCUGGUCACGUCAGCCGAUUCACACACGUUCUGGGUCAACUCAGCUGCUUUGAAGGUAUCCUCCCUCACAGCCAAGACCAAAGACCCACAAAACGGUAAAUUUGAACGGCUUCCCGGAAGUCAAGAACUUUCGGGAAUUCUGCAAGAUUCCGCGACAAGCUUAUUAGCAGGCCCAGCCCCCCCAACAGCCGAGGACAAUAUUCGAUCUGCCAGAGCAGCCUUGAAGCUCCUCCGCGAAGAAGGAGUCACAAGCUUCCAAGAAGCUGCGUCCAGCGAAGACACAGGCCUUGCAUUCGCUGCCAUCAAGAAAGAGGAAGGUUUAAGUGCCCGUGGCUUUUUCGACUAUCUUGUUCAACCACCUAACAACACUGAGGGGAUUGACGAUCUAGUCAAGGACGUGGUCAAUGUUACUUCAACGUGGAACGAUAAGAAAGAGUUGAGCCCCAGUCCCUCUAUGAAGUGGCACGCCGUCAAGAUGUUUAUGGACGGCGUUCUGUUAUACCCCGCCAAUACCGGAUCCCUCAUCGAGCCAUACUUUCAACCCGUGGCUAACACCUCCAUGUGGGCACCCAAGUCAGACUUCGGACCAAAGACGUACUGGGACAAGGAACUCCUCAGCCUCACCCUAACGAAGUUGUUCAAGAACAAUAUCGACGCUCAGAUUCAUGUUGAUGGAGAUCUAGCUGUCCGAACAGCCCUCGAUGCACUUGAGGAACUCCGUAACAAGAACCCCAAACUUCGUGAUUACCGUGUCGGAUUCGCUCAUAAUGAAGUAACUGACCCGUCAGAUUGGCCUCGCUUUGCUGAACUUAAGGCCGAUCCUAUCAUGAGUUUUCAAUGGUCACAGGCCAGUUCAGUCUGGCUUCCAAAUGGCGUCAAGAGCAUGGGACCAAGACGUUCGCACUACAUGGAGGCUUUUGGAGAGCUUGCCAAGUUUGGAUCUGCUAUUGUCUAUGGUAGUGACUGGCCGAUUGAUCCUCUUGACGAAUGGCUCGCCAUCAAAGCCAGCGUCACGCGCUCAGGAGAUCCCCAAAACCCCAACUCCCCAGCCUCACAAGGCGCACCCUACGACGGCAACGGUCUUCCCGGCUUGACCCUAACACGAGACCAAGCCAUCCGGGCCAUCACGACCGAGAGCGCUCGCUUCCUGCGAGCUGAUGCCUACAUCGGUUCACUUGAAGUUGGAAAGCUUGCAGAUGCUAUUGUUCUGAAAGCCAAUUACUUUGAAGUCCCCGAGGAGCAUAUUGCCAGACAGAAAACGCUUUUGACAAUGGUUGGUGGUGAGGUUGUGUAUAUUGCUGAUGAGGUUGAUUUCAAGAAUGGUGUUAAAGCUAAGUUUGCGAAUAAUGAUACUAUUUCUAGGAUGAUGAAGAGGAGGAGUGUUGGGGGCAUUCAAGGGAGGGAUUUGUCGGAGGAAGGUAAGAAAUCUGUACAGCGUCUGCAGACUCGUGGGGCUUGUGUGCAUUCUCACCAUUACUAA